AUGACCGGAGCAAGCGGCUACCUCGUCCGCGGCGACCUCGCCUCCCUCGACACCCUCCGCAACGAGGGCGCAGAGGCAGACAUAGUCCUCCACUUCGCGACAGCCUACAAUCUUCGGCGCUGUGUCGGGCAAGCUGGUAUGGGGCUGGCUCGGAUCGAGAUCGCCCUCGUUGCUGCUGAGGAGAAGUCCGCACGAGGGCAUCGUAUCAAAGCCGACGAAGAGGCGCUGGGCCGAAAUCCCUUCUGCAACAGCACGAUUGACUCGGCGCUGAACCCCUUCUUUAUACUGUCGUAA